AUGCUUUGGGCUGCCUGCUGUCUCGGGUUUUUUGGUUUCUUACGUGCUGGUGAGUUUACUGUCAACUCUCCCUUCAAUCCUGACAUCCACCUUGCUGUCAGUGAUGUCCAAGCAGAUUCCCUAGUCAAUCCUAGCAGCUUCAGGAUUCAUAUUAAGUGCUCUAAGACGGACCCCUUUCGCCAAGGUUGCCAUAUUUACAUUGGUGCUGGUAAACGUGAUCUCUGCCCUGUGCGCGCCCUUACCCAGUAUCUACACGUCCGUGGCUCAACUCCUGGCCCACUCUUCCUUCUCUCUGAUGGCACCCCUCUACAUCGCCAAUGGCUGACAUCCAGUAUUCAG